CUGUCGAAAACGUGUACUAUGAAGAGAUGAUUUAUGAGGGCACAAAACCUAGACAUUGACGAAUAUAAGAUAAAAGCGAAUCAAGAUAUUACAGAGGAGGAAAAAAUGGGACAAGUUAAAACCACAUUCGAGGAAGCAAAACCCCUCCGCAGUUAGAUGACAUUACAAAUAUCGAAUCAAAAAGAGAAAGAGAGGUCAAAUCUGCUAAGGAUGAUAUGUGGCGUGUUUCAUCCACAAGUAACGGAGGAGAGGAUGUGUCGAGCAUUGUUGGUUAUAUUCGAAGAAAAAAAAAUAGGCGGGAAAAAAAAUACGCUGUUUCUUUUUCCCGAAAGGGUGCUCAUAUUUGGUGAGAAUGAAAAGUUGAGUGGGAGCAGAAAACGAAGAAGAUGGAUACAAUGGAGCAAUGGUCGAUAUGUGGUUUAGUCAACUACAUCGAUUUCAUCAUGCAUGAAAUAUUUGGUUUUCAUGACAGCUUAGAUGGCAAUGCAUUUCUGCAAACAAAAGACUGUCAAGAGGUGUUACCGAAUAUGAUCGUAUUCUACGGACCAAAAACCAAGGAUCGUCUCUUUUAUAUGUCUGGGGCAAUCAUGGACAGACUAUAAAAGAUUUGUUGCUGAGGCUUCAGUCAUUUUCGAAAAUGCAUGGGACAUGUAUGGAUGGACCUCAGUUAGCAUUGAGACGCAAAUUCGUACCAGUAAAGUGGUCAGCUGAAGAGCAGAUUACGAUUAGAGUGAUGGGUAUUGAUGACUGUAUGCUGCAACUUCUUUGCCACGCUCGUGGUUUCCCUUGGCCUCGUUUUCAGUGGAUGGAAAAUGAUAAGGAUAUAAACCAUUCGAACGGAAAAGCACUUGUCAUUUCUAGAUGCAGAUGUCGAAGAGAUAUGAUGUAUAGGUGUAGGAUAUGGAAUGAGAUUGAGGAGGGCUUCGAAUAUUCGGCAUUUUACCGAAAACCGGGAAAGACAUUUCACUCAAAAUUAACAACGGAUCCAGUGGACUUGUCAUUAUUCAUAACUCCAAAUAUGAGAGUGGAAUCCUGUGAACUAUGUGCCAAAUACAACAAUUUGACUUUAUCGACUGAUUGCUGCAAAACUAUGCAAAAUGAAGGCGAAUGGAACGCUGAAUUAAUCGCUACGGAUAAGGUUGCAUUGAUUAUAAGCAACUGCAACUACAUUAAUCUACCGAGCUUAAUCACGCCUCACUGUGAUGCCGAAAUGUUUGCAGAAUCCUUGCAAAAUCUUGGCUUCAAAACUGUUGCACUUGGAGACUUGAAUCUUGCCGAAAUGCACUUCUUCAUCAAAGAAUAUCGCAAACUUCUUGGUGACGGAGUGUAUGCUGUAUUUUAUUUUGUUGGUCAUGGUUUUGAGAAGAACGGAAAAAAUUAUCUACUGGCGAUAGAUGCACCAGGUGUUGACUGCAGGAUAGUUGACUGUGUUUCUGUUGAGUGGGUUCUUUCCGUUUUUGAAGAUUCACAUCCAGCUUUAAAUCUGAUACUCCUCGAUAUAUGUCGGAAAAAUAUGAAAUGCGUUGGCAUUUUGGGGUGUUUCGACGAUGCAGAUAUCGAAAAAAUACCAAAGAUAGCACGCAACACUGUCUGUGGAUAUGCGACUAGUAGUGGGGUUAGUGCUUUUGAAGUACGUGGAGAAAAGAAUGGUGUUUUCAUGAAGCAUUUAUUGCGGCAUAUAACUGAUGAUGCAACAGUUCUCGAAAUGUUAACAAAGACAUUCCAAGAAAUCUCAAAUGAUGUUAGAAUUUGUGAUCUGCAGAUCCCGGAACUUAGAUCAAAUUUAAUUUUACCUCGUGGAUUACGAGAUCCUCUUGUUUGUUAUGGUCAUACGACUUCUUUCAGUUGUCACACUCUUUACUGGCGUUACUUGCAUGAGUUGCCGAAUCCGACAAAUAUACGAUUUACGGAUCAAAACAUGCUUGUUACCAUUUGGUAUGAUUAUGUUGGACAUUUCACAAACAAAGUGUACAUAUUUAGUAGUGUUAGUGAUCUGUCCGAUGAAAACGGUACGGAAAGUUCGGAACUAUUAUCUACCAAAUUCUCGUAUGUUGCACAUUUACGUUUCUCCAAGAAUGUCGAUGUGUCAGCAGAGAGGAUAAUAGAAGAUGGUGACGAUGGUGUUUCAAUAUCUGUAAUGUUGUCAAAUUUACAGCGCUUGAAAGGAUCUAUAUUGUGCUCGGUAGAUCUUGCAAGUCGAAAAGAUGAUACAGUGAUAGCAUCGAGAAGUAAUUUGUCACUGGGUAAUGUGUUGGUUACAAGAAUUCAUAGAAUGGAAUGAAAGAUUUCUAAUUUUUGUUACGAAACUAACAGAAGUUUGCAUAUACUUGACACUUAAUGGUUGUUUCUGUCCUUGUUUCGGGAAAUUUCGUUUUCAGUUUCAGUUUUAUAUUUGUUAAACAACAUUUUGCAUAAUAAAAAUCCAAGUGUACUUGGUGUAGAAACGCGGA